AUGACGAGGCCGCGCGGAACAAGGACGACGGGUCCGCUGCUGCUGCUGCUGUUGCUGAUGCUGAUCAUGCUUAUACCGUUCAAUCUCGUGGCCUGUACGCAGGGACUACUACGUCAGAUCGUCACUCGCAACGUCACCGGCGUACUACUCCAGGAUCCAACGGAUCGUCAGCCCGGUAGCAGCAGCAGCAUCAUGGAGAUCGUCGACGAGCGGACCUGCUCGGCCGCCCUGGUCCGACUCACCUGUCGCUCGCUCCACAGCGUGCUGUUCGUGCUCGAGGCUCGUUAUCUGCCCGAGCAGGACGACGCCUGCGUCUACGAUCGGGACUCGCGCUGCGCCUACAAGCGGCUGCUGGGCAACGUGCGCCACCUGCAGCGACGACGCUACUACCUGCAGAGCCGCUACGGCCUCGAGCUCGACGAGGACCCCCACGACUUUCGCAGCAGCAUCAAUCGCAGAUGUUCAGGCCACCAUCAUUGUCGCUAUAAAGUCACGUCCGAUCAUCCAGAGGCAUUAUUUUGGAAACCUGCCAAUAUACAUGUCAAGUAUGCCUGCAUCCCAGAAUCAUCCAUUCACAAGUACUGCAAUUCGGAGCUCAAGGUACCAGCCGGCGAGGGUGGAUUCCUUCAAUCACCGGGCUACCCUCUCUACUAUCUCGGCAGAAUCAGUUGCGGCUGGAAGUUUCGCGCGCAGCCCGGCCAACGGAUCGUGCUGACCUUUCGCGACUUCAGCAUCCGAGAUCCGGACAAAGACGGCAGCUGCUCGGACGUGUUGAGGGUUCACGACAGCGGCAACACACUGUACGAGUCUUGCGGGACCAAGGCCGGCGUGGAGGUCGUCUCGGACACCAACGUGGUGACGAUCAAUUUCAGAGCACUGUCGAUGCUCUAUCCGAAGCGAGGUUUUUUUUUACAGUACAAAGUUUUAGGGUGUCCGGACGUGCGAGCGCCCCCGGGCAGUCGGCUGAGCGACGUCAGUCUGCGCACGAGGACGUUUCGCUGCCGGGCCGGGGCAUUGUUCCCCGACAGCGGCCAGCAGGCGCGCACGAUUCGCUGCAGCCAGGAGUUGGGUAGAUGGAUCGAGAACGUCGACGAGCUGCCGGCCUGCGUCGCGUCGAGUGGCCUAAUAUCGAGAGACAGCAACGAGCCGCCUACGAGCUACCGCGGGAGCAGUCGCUUAGCAGCCGAGCAGAGCAGUAUCGUGAGCGCAGCCAGCAUCGGCCACGCCAGUCGCGACAACAACGACAGCAGCAGCAGCAGCAUCAGCGGCGGCUUAAACUUGCUCGAGCAAUUGACUCGCGACAGAAUCGGCUCGCAGGAUAACGGCGUUGCAGUUGACAGGACUGCCAAUUUCAGUAUUGCCGAGCAGACGCACAGAGCUAUGAUGAAGGACGAAUCGAAUACAGUGUUGGACGUUAUUUUGCCAACCAUUCUCAUUGGCGCCCUCUUUGUGGUCAAUGCAGUAAUAGUCUACAUCAUCUUCAAAUACCGAAAGCGAAAUUCGACAAAGGACACAGAAGAGUUGGCACUGCAACCGACGACGACAACGACAUCGGCAGUGCAGGCCAACGGCGGCGGCGAUUCCUGCUGCCCCGUUUGAUGAAUCGCGUGAAUUCGCUAUAACCAUUGACAAAGAAGAUUAUUUACUUCAAUGUGUUAGCUUUUAAGUUUGAUUUAAAAAAUUUUUUUUUUAUAUAUAAGUGAAUCAUCAAAGGCCUAAAUUGUACGAAAGUUGAUAAAGCUUCUAAAGACUUUAAUCGAGAUGUCAUUAAACGUUGAAUUGUAGACUUGAAUUGGUUUUUUUUGUGGAACGAAUUAAAUGUGUCACGAUACAGGACGUAUCAUUAAAUCGAGUCUAAAUGUAAGACAUUUUUUAAUCGUUUUUUAGCUAGCGUAUCUCAAAAACUAAGUGUUUCUAUAGUAAAUCCUGAAUGUUAAAGAGAAUCACAUUUAUUAUUCAACGAUGUAUUAUAAAAGAAAAAUAGAAAAUAAUGAUGGAGAUUUAUUAUAGAAAUUAUAUAA